CACUUCAGGUGAGAGCACAAUGCUAACAUGUCCACAAUGAAUAAUGCAGUCAUAAAUGAAGGGAACAAAACCGGUUUUGUGCUAGGCGACAGUCACACUGAGAAUCAUUGAUUGCACAAUAGCAACGGUAGAGAAAAACAUCUGAAGAUGCCAACAAGGGGGUGAAGCAAGGUACGGCUAUACGACCAAAGGGUUUGGAGAGCAUGGCUCCUCUGGUCUGUUCUGUUGAGGAGAGCCCUGAUCCAAUCCCUGCUGUGGUACAAGGGACCAUUCCCCACUGGAUCAAUGGCAGCCUCCUCCGAAACGGCCCGGGCAAAUUUGAGUUUGGAGACAUUCACUACAACCACUGGUUUGACGGGAUGGCAAUGAUGCACAAGUUCCAAAUGGAGAAAGGCCAAGUGACGUACAGGAGUCGGUUCCUGCGCAGCGACGCCUACAAGAAGAAUAGCGAGCGGGAUCGAAUCAUGGUGUCUGAAUUUGGUACCGCCUCAAUGCCCGACCCUUGCAAAAACAUCUUCCAGCGAUUCUUCUCUCGUUUUGAGACCCUAAAGCCCACAGACAAUGGCAAUGUCAACUUUUCAAAAUACAAAGGAGACUAUUACGUCUGCACAGAGAGCAACUACAUGCACAGAGUGGACCCAGAGAGCUUAGAAACACUCCAACGGGUCGACUGGAGCACGUUUGUUGCUGUGAAUGGAACCACCGCGCACCCUCACUACGACCCUGACGGCACCUGCUUCAAUAUGGGCAAUUCCUAUGGAGGCAAAGGUUGCAUGUACAACAUCAUACGUGUACCUCCUGAGAAGACCGAUGCUGAAGACACCUUGCAAGGUGCCCAAAUCCUGUGUUCCAUCCCCUCCACUAAUAGGCUCCAACCCUCCUACUACCACAGCUUUGCCAUGUCCAAGAACUACGUGGUGUUCAUUGAGCAACCAAGUAAAGUUGACAUGAUGAAGAUAGCCACAUGUAAGAUGAAGGGCAAGGCGUUCUGCCAGGCCAUUCACUGGGACCCCAAACUGGAAACCAUCAUGCACGUCAUCGACAAGAGUACGGGCGAGGCCAGCCCGGUGAAGUACUACACCAAAGCUUUCUUCAAUUUCCAUCAGAUCAACGCCUAUGAAGAGAACGGGCUCUUGAUGAUUGACCUGUGUUGCUACGAUGACGGCCAAGCCAUCGACAUCUACUCCCUUCAAAAUUUACGCAAGUCGGGAGAAGCGCUAGAUGAGGCGUACAAAAGCUCAAGCAGAGCUUUUCCUCGCCGCUUUGUUUUACCCCUACAUGUGACCGAUGACACGCCGAUUGACCAAAACCUGAAUACUCGUCCUUCCAGUGCAGCAACAUGUGUCAAAAAGAGCAACACAAGGAUAUUCUGCCAACACGAGGAUCUCCAUGGCGAUGACCUCUACCGGUACGGCGGCCUGGAGUUCCCCAACAUCAACUACGAGCUCUACAACACCAAGCCUUAUCGCUAUUUCUACGGUUGCGGCUCCAGAAACAUUUUGGGGGACUCGCUUCUCAAGAUGGACCUCAACGACAAGACGCUUAAGGUGUGGCACCAGAAGGGCUGCUUCCCAUCUGAGCCGGUGUUUGUGCCCUCACCAGACGCCGUAGAGGAGGACGACGGUGUCAUCCUCUCUGUGGUUCUCUCGCCUUCACAGGAUAAAGGCACAUUCCUCCUGGUUUUGAAUGCCAAGACGUUAGAAGAAUUGGGAAGAGCCAAUGUGCCUGUCAACAUGGCCUAUAGCCUACAUGGGCUCUUCAAAGCAUCUGCAUCUUGAAAAUAAAACGAAUACUAUGAAUUUUAUGCUUUUCUUUGGAACAUAUUUGAUUGAUUUUGUACAGCCCUUGGGAUGGCGGCAAAAGCCAAAAUGGUAUAUUCAUUUUGAACAUGUCUGCAUAAUGGAAUGCGUGAUAAAUCAUACACAAUAUCCAAUGGGAUUCAUGGUGCUUAAUGCACAACAACUGAUUAGACGUUAUGACUUUUAAAUGAAAUCAGGCACCAACUUCAUCUCCCUUUAAAAUGUUUUCCUUAACCUCGGGCAACCUUUGCUUGAAUUAGUUCAAGGAGACGAGAGGAAUGUUGUUGGUCAGCCGACUCUUCAAUUCCGUUUUAUUUAAAGCUCAGUUAUGCUCAAUCUUGCGCAAGCAAAUGAGAUGAAUCCAAGAAAAACAGUCCUUUGCUUGACCAAACAGCUGAAAUGGUUCCAAAAGCAGGCCACAAAGCCUUUCCUCAUAUGCAAGUGAAAAGUUGAUAUUUGUUUUGUAAAAUUCAUCAACUUAAUUGCUGUUUUUCCCCUAAAGCCAGACACAUAUAUACAAAUGGGGAAAACGAAAUAAAAGAAAUCAAUUUAAAAAAUGUGCUUGCCAAAACUUGUUUUUCUUUGUCUGUGUAGAUUCUUAGUCAUGUUAAUCGAGGUUGAAUAAAAAAACUGCACUCUU